GUCUUGCGAGCUGCGGCCAGUUCUGGAGGAUGGCAUCAUGUUGCUGCCGCCUGUGUUCCGGCGGUGCUUCAAACUUUACUGCUUCGGCUGGAGGAGCGAAUUUUCGUGGACCACUCUGAGCAAUUUGGCUUGGAGGAGACCUACUUGGAUAUCCUUCACGGUGUCCUUUCCGUAGGAGAGCCGGCGGCAGUCGCAGCAGAAACGUCGCGCUGGCCCCUCCACCGAGGGUGGAGUCGUGUUCAGGGGCUUCGCCGUGCACUGCGAAAUCUUGCAGCAACGGAGCAGGAGAGGUCUGUGGACUUCGUGCUGUGCUUUUGCAGUGUGGCACGCUCGCCAGGCGGAGGGUAUCCGGCAGUCGAGGACGAGCUGGGCUGGCUGUCCGAGCUCCUGUCACCGGAGGCGGACCUCUACCGAAACAGCACGCGCAUUUACGUCAAGGAGAAGUGCGGCGAUGCUGCGAUGCCUGGCGCGGAGGAGUCCUUGCGCGAAGCCUUGCUACCCUUUGCCAAGGUUGUCGAAGUGACACGAGUCGAUGAUGAGCUCCGUGCAGACGAUGCUACAGCCUAUCUCGAUCAUCUCGCUGGCCCAAACUACGACGACCUGGCUGCAUGGACGUUUUUUCUCCAUGCCGACGCUCCGGAGCAUGUGCAUCCCUUCCGUCUCCUGGAGGAGGUCCUGUCGGCCGUGCGGAGUGGCUUGUUAGAGCAGGACACUUUCCCAUUUCUCUACCUAAGCCACAACUUCCUAGACCUCGGAUCGUCUCUCCACACCUGGGACAACUUCGCCUCACCGAGGCUGUGGAAGCGGCUCUUCGGCAGUUCAAUAGCGCCUCCACGCGAGGCAGUCAAGGGCUACUGCUGCGUGCAGUUCCUGGUCCCACGGCGUCGUGCUCUUCUCCGGUCAAGGGCAUGGUAUGCCACUGCUUUGGCCUACUUCGCCUCAGAGGUUUCUUAUUUCGAGCUGUUUCCUUGGGGACGGCUGGUGACGUGGCAGGAUCUAACCUGCAGGGCCCCUGCGCAGCUGUGGAUGCCCUGGUGGCACGUGGUCUUUGGUGAGGAGCUCGCCUGCCCGGAGCGACAUCAGGAUCCCCGGCUGCCUCUCUUCGUGCAGCUGAGGAGCAUUCCACCCGAUCGGAUACAUUGCUGCUGA